AUGUUCCGUUUGCAAGUUGCUGUGCUGCCAUGGAUCCUGACAGCAUCCAACUCAGGUCCUGGUACAGCCACCAUACCACUUUCCAACGUCAAGCGUCUCUUUCGAUCGCGCUUCCACAUCGAGCUGAGCGAGACUGCCCUUGGCCACUCCAAGCUUUCCGAGCUGCUGCAGGAUCCCCGAUUGCAAGACAUCUGCUCGGUUCGUCUGCAGGGUCAUGGUUAUGUUGUCAGCCCAGUGGCAAUCAGCGCUGUCGUUCCAUCCAAGUCCACGAGUUCGCAAGCAAAGUCCUUGCAGGUUGCCGCGGGGCCGGGAUUGUCCAUGGCUGCUGCGGGUGCAGCCGCGGUCACGGCAGCCGUUGCUGCAGCAUGCGGCCAGAUGCCUACACAGGCAGGGCCGUUGGCGCCGGCAGCACAGGGAGUCAACGUGCACAAGCCGACAGCACCGUCCACGUAUGACAAGGCGGAAGUGCCAGCCUUUGAUCCACACGUGCAGCCUACGUGCAACCCAGCUGGACCGGCUCCCAUGCCAUCCGCGCACGCCACCUCUCGCGUAUCCCUGCGUGACCGAGCACCCUUCGUCGCACCCCUCAGCUUGGAAGAUGAUGCGGGACAGCCGCCUGUAGGGCAACGUGGCCAGCAAGUCCCUUGCGGUGCCUUCCAAACUCCCUUUGGCGGUAUGCCGCUCAUGACUCCAACUCCCAGCUCACGCCGCAGAACGGGAUCCGUGCCGCGAAACCUGGGUUCGGAGCGGAGUGAUUGCGACGUGUUGUGCGAUCUUCCAGGCCGAACAGGCCUAUGUGGGGAGAGCCAGCUGCCCGCCGUGCCAGCCACGCCAGAAACAAUUGGUUUCCCGCAGUGGCGUGUAUUGACACCAAAUACAUUGGACGGAAUGGGCUACAGCGUGCAGAACACAUUCAUCAACUUUGCGGUGCCAUCUACACCCAUGACCAAUGCCCGGUCGCACUCGUUGCCGCGUAACAUGGGGGCAUCCGAAAGUGACGAGGCGCAGCUGGGCGAGAAGGCCGAGGACGACGACCUUGAUUUGUUUCUCGGAGAACUCCCUCCUCGCAGCACCGUGUUUUGCCACAUGUCCCCGUGA